AUGCAACGGCGCGAGGAAGAGGUGCCAGGUCCGUUUCCCUUUUGCAGCACCGCUAAUAUUGGUCAUGGAGGGCUCUUGUUCAGGCGGUCAAAGAUGAUGUUCUUGGAGGUGUCGGGCGUGGCGCUGGCGACGCUUUUCUUCGCGGCACCAGAGGCUACCACGUGGGUGGAGGUGCAUUACGCGGUGGUGCUUUUCGUUGACACGCAUGGUGCCCACGCGCGGAUGCACUUUGUCUUCCCAUCGCUGCGGGACCGGCUGCUGCUGGUGUGUCGAGCCGUGCUCUGCUGCGUCACCGCCUUAGUUGAUGGGAUGGACAGCAACAACAACAGGGCUGAGAAUUGGGUGGAGGAAGGAGGAGGAGGGGUGUGUGUGGGUGUGGUGUGCGAGUGGGCCUGCCGAGUCACAUGCUUUAAUGACGUCCAACAGCUCCCUCUCGCUCUUGCAUCGUGUAGCAGCAACAACAGCACCAGAACUCAGCUCAGGUACGGUGUCUCCAGUGCGGAUUGGUAG